GUAGCGACGUCUGGAAACCGAACGUUCCGGAUAAGCUGGACUGUUACCCGAUGAAGGAAGUUGGAGCAAGUGUCCGGGGGUGGGUUCUCGUAUUCUACCACGAAGAUUUCGACGUGAACCUCGAUCUUCCUCGUCGGGAUGGAGUGGAAAAUGAUGUGGAGAAUUUGAGACGCGUCUUCAGAGACAGGGGAUUCCUCGUCAAGGCCUACAAGGACCUCAAAUUCGAAAUCAUCAAGCGAGUAUUAAAUGAAACUGCUCGUUCCCAAGACCUCAAGGACCACGAUUGCCUCAUUGUUUGCUUACUCUCUCAUGGACAAGAUGGAGGCCACCUCUUUGCCAACAAUGUGCGCUUCGACGAGGAGGAACUGUGGAGGCCAUUCUACGAGAUAAAUGCAAAGCUCUCGUUGAUAAACCAAAGCUAUUCUUCAUUCAGAGGGGAAGUUCUCGACGAAGGAGUGAAGACAAUGGUGAGAAUAGCCGGUCACUCGAGAGGCGACACCCACGACGGUCAUCAGCGGCACGAGGAAGAAUAUCACCUCCCCACUCAUGGCAACAUCCUCAUUGCUCACGCCACCUACGAAGGGCAUGUCGCAUGGAAAAGCAGUCACCUAGGGUCCUACUUCAUCUACACCUUGUGUGAAGUCUUCGAAAAGCAUUCUGGAACUCUAGACUUAAUCAAGAUACUUACCAUAGUUGCGCAGAUAAUUGCCUUCGAGUUCAAGUCCUCGAAUACAGAUGCAGUCUGGGAUAACAAGAAGCAAAUGCCAACUAUUCGAAGCACGCUUACCAGAGAACUAUACCUCACACCAAAAGCGAAACACUAGCGCAAUUUUAUUUCA